GAUCUUAAUUCCGCCUCUUCUUCAUCGCCCACCGCACCCACCACACAUUUCGUUUCAACAACAUGUCCAGUGUGUUUGACAAUUCCGUGCAUUCUGGCUUCCAGGUGGCUGCCGCCUCCGUCAACUCGACCAGCCCUACUUUUCAACAAACCUAUGCCGCCGUAUCUGGCUUGGCGGGCUUGAGCUGGAUAGAGAAGUUGUGGGCAUCGUACUACACGUGGAUCGGCAAUGACUUGUUCGCCACAGGGCUCCUCUUCUUCACCCUCCACGAAGUUAUGUACUUUGGCCGCUGCUUGCCGUGGUUCAUCAUCGACCGUAUUCCAUAUUUCAACCGCUGGAAGAUCCAGGACACCAAGAUGCCAUCCAACCGGGAGCAGUGGGAGUGCUUGAAGUCGGUUUUGACCUCCCAUUUCCUUGUAGAGGCUUUCCCUAUCUGGUUCUUCCAUCCGUUGUGCCAGAAGAUCGGGAUUUCGCACGACGUGCCGUUCCCGUCCUUGGCCACCAUGGCCUGGCAGAUUGCCAUGUUCUUCGUGUUGGAGGACGCUUGGCACUACUGGACCCACAGGGCAAUGCACUACGGGAGUUUGUACAAGAUGAUCCACAAGCAGCACCACAGAUACGCCGCGCCGUUCGGACUCACCGCCGAGUACGCCCAUCCGGUUGAGGUCAUGGUGUUGGGUUUCGGUACCGUUGGGAUUCCUAUCGUCUUUGUCUUGCUCACCCGCAACUUGCACUUGUUCACCGUCUGUGUCUGGAUUGUUGGGAGAUUGUGGCAGGCAGUUGACGCUCAUUCCGGUUACGAGUUCCCGUGGUCUUUGCACCACUUUUUGCCUUUCUGGGCCGGUGCUGAGCACCACGACGAGCACCACCAUCACUUUAUUGGUAACUAUGCUUCGUCUUUCAGAUUCUGGGACUACGUCUUGCAGACCGAGGCGGGUGUUCCAGCCAAGCAGAGUAGAGAGUCCAAGAUGAGGGGUGCUGCCGAGGGAAAGGCCAAGAAGAAUAUCUAGAUGUCAAUAAGGCCAAAGAUAAGGCCAAGGAUAUCAGGAGAAGAAAAGUCUGAGUUGAGAAAGUCCGGCCAAGAUUAUGGCUAAACUCUGUAAAGCGAUAUCUAUAAAUCCUGGUGCUUACAUCGUUGCUAGUGUGCACCUUUUUACUAUUUAUCAUAGCAUCCUAAUUUCCGAAUAAAGAAUAUUAAUAAUUAAAGCUGUCUCCUUUUCAUCUAGACGUCUUCCAAUCCCUUUCAUUGGCUCUUCGGGUUCAUGUCAGGGAUGCAGACACACGAAUCCCCAGUGUCGUCUGGUACGACUGAAUUCCUCGUAUCAUUUCCCAUCCAUUUACAUCUCGCAGUUUAGCUUCCAGUAAAUGCCUGCAUGUAGGGAGCAAUCUCUCUUUUUUUUAGUCUCUUCGGCCAAACUCGGUUUCUUCUCGGUUAAAAAGGUUAUAUGCAG